AUGACGGAGCCACAAGGAUUAAAAUUUGCGACGUACCAUUUGGACAAAAUCGAAACCUUGAAGGAAUUAGAAAAAACUGGACAGCUGUGGUGGAAAAGUACAUUGUCGAAUCAGCAGACAAUUGAGAAACUGUAUUUAAUUGUCCUCAAAGAAGCUGCAGAUGUUGUGGCAUUGCAAAACGUAUCUCAAAAAUCAACGAUGAAGAAGGUUCUUUCAGAGGUCUACGGGUUUGUUCAUUUUGAUUUACUAACAAUAGCGUACAACCGGAAUCGUGUGCAAUUUAUCGAGAAAAGAGACAUUGAUCUCCUUCCACGUGUGUUGGCUCGCGCAGACACGGAAUACGGUGUUGUGAAUAGCUUGCCAGCAUCUAGUCUUCUCUUGUCAUUGUCAUGCGUUAAUGCCCUAUAUUCCUUGUUUGAGAUGAUUGAUGCUGAUGAUGCGGGCCGUACCAUCCGUUUUAUUGUAGUCAACUGUGAUCUCUCAGGGACCCCAGAAGGAUCAGAUGCCUUUAGGUGUGCUCUGAUCUGUGAGAUGUUUCGGCUUCUUUACGAGGACACCAACUUCAGUGCGCUCUGGGACACACAGCGAGUCGUGAUUCUCGGUAGUUUUAAAUCCGCUCCUGGCACGGCUCCUUACGACUACCUGACCCGCUUCACCAAUGUUAUCGAGGAGAGGUUCGUGGCGCAGGUGAGUCGGGCGGAGGGGGAUGAGGUUGUGCACCACACGGGUUUCGAUGGGUGCGCCGUACGCCGCUUUUGUUUUCUGGUGGUGCGCUUAGCACGUAUUGGUCAGCUCCACCACCUGACUAAAGUGAUUAUUGAGACGACGGACUUCCCCAUUGACAGGGUCGAUGACUGGGAACUCACGACACUUCAGGAUGAGCAGCCGCUUAGGGGCACUGUGGAAAUAUCUGCCAGUCAAAUAAUAUUUUCAUUCAAAACUCCCUGUUCUCUGCACGGUGCUAAGCGACAUUUCCGGUUAAAUUGGGUGGAGAAACGUGAGAGAGAUGCUCCACCUUUACUGGACCUUGUUUCACCCUCUUCGUCGGAACAUGUCGUCCAUGUGCAUGGGAUAUCGUAUGGAUACGACAACUUUGAAACAGGGAGAGCGAGGAGCUUCUUCCGUAGCGCCUAUGCAACUUGUCCCCACAACCAGACCCCUUGUACUACGAAGGAACUGUUAGCGAAAAACCCACAGCUGAAGAUUCUCACAGUUCCGAAGUGCUUCCUGCACCCCGAACCGGGAACUCAAAAGGGUCCUGAUACGUCGAAGAAUGCUAUCGUUGAUUUCACAACAUGGUGUGAUCAUUCCCUCUCGUCGCCGUUUGCAAGGCCAACGUGCGAUGAGCCGCAGUUUACUACAUUCUUUCCAUUAACAGCAUCAUCUUUAGUGAUGGAGUGCAAGUUGCCGAAGGAGGGUAUUCUGACCUGUAAGGAGUUUGCUGUUGGUACACAUGAUUACAUCUUGUAUUGCACGUCCUCCUUUAAGUGCACUGAGGUAGGAAAGCUCCAAUCUCUUCUUGAUGUGUGGAAUGGCGGUAUGCCAUCCGUGCCGGACACCAUGGUAGGGAGUCACUUAUUCCUUUCAUGCACUCUGCAGUUAAUGUUGCACGAAAGAAGCCUAUGA